AUGACUGAGAUGUACUCCGGCCUCCAUGUGGGCCAGCGGUUUUGCUCUCUGGAAGAGUUCAAAACAGUGGUACGAAGUAUAUCAGUCAGGCAACACUGGGAGCUUCGAGUGGCUAGAAGCAACAAGAAAAGCGUAGUUAUCGGAUGUCGAUCAUCACCAACUUGCUUCUUUCGUGUGGUCUGCCGCUCAAACAAAAAUGCGACCUACAUCACCAGUCUUCAAGACAGCCAUAGUUGCCGCCGGAGUGCAAAUUCCCCUGCGGCGACACCCGCUCGCUCUGAGGCUUCCCAUGUGAGGUUUCUGCGAAGCGAGAUUCCAAAGCUUUUCGAUAUGAAGUUGAAAAUACGGGCCCAGGAUGUCGUGGACGCUGUGAAACGCUACCACGGCUAUGACAUCUCCAUGCGCCAGGCACAACGAGCGCUCACAAAAAUUCAACCGCGGCAUGGUGAGGGCCAGGAUGAACCGGGGCUGGAUCCCGACAUGAGUGCAGAGGAUCAGCAGUCGCCUGAGCAGUCCCCCGAGCCACAAGGAGAAGGGGCAGACGCAUAUGGGGAGAUAUCCGAGAAUCGCUGGCUUUCAGAGCAUCUCUCACCAUCACUGAUCGAUGAUGAUAACAUGUCCCCACACGACACCUCAAACAAUCACGUAUCUGCUCAGUCAUCUAGUUCCCAAGCCCUGCCACCUCCACCCCAGGUGCAACAUGUACCGAUUCCCGCACAGAACCAACCCCCUUUCAACCCCAGUUCACACCAAAUGACUCUACCACAAUCGGGAGUCGAAUAUCAGACCGCUGCUACUUUACCAGUAGGAGUGAUUGGACCUCCAAAAGACUACUCCAAUCGCAGUGAUCACGAUGGCGUCCCCCAGAUGGUUCUGACCAAUUUCAAGAUUGAGUUCACCUGCACAACCUGCGGGUCACUCAAUCAGAGCUUUUUCCCAAAUCAAGGAAAUGUCACUGGUGCCAACUAUAUGACUCACCAUACUGUACCAAAUCCUGGCAACGCCCCAAGACACGCUGGGCCUACUCCCCAGGACGGUGUUGGUAGCAGUAGCAAUGCAGUCGGCGAAAACCCUGCUUACGAUAUUAACGCCUCCAACACACCUACCAUGCAGAAUGCCUGGCCUGGUGGUGGUCUAGGAAUUCAGAUUGGACCGGCACAUACCUAA